AUUUAGCUAAUUACUUUUGAUGAAAUCUCAUUUUUUGUAUCUGGAAAAUCUAAAUCCAGUGCCACUCAUAUUCAGCGACUAUGAACACACAUUUGGAUUGACUACACGCAAUACACGGACGUGGAUAAAGAUACUGAGAACUUUACAUGAGUGUGUGAAACGGCGUCAGAUAAACGCCAAAAGUACAGUACCCAGCAACAACAACAACAACAACGUAGAACUUGGUCCACAAUCUCUUCAUUUUUGUACCACUCUUCCACACGUUCGCCUAAUCAUCUCGCGCCACGUGGCACCUGGGGGACCCUUUACGGUCCUGCCAACUACAAGAACUACCGUCUCUGUACAAUAUUAUUGUUUUGUUUUUAUUUUUCUCAGACUCAUCAUAAGCGAGAGUCUUUCUUUCUUGUAACUUCAACAAACAGCCUCAGCGGAACUCUCUGGGGUGUUGGUGUUGCUGAGGGAUCUUAGGCAAAGGUGUUGAUGAUAUGGGAGCGUGUGUUUCAACUCCACAAGGUUGCGUGGGAGGGAGGUUGAGCUCUUCCAAGAAGAAAACCAGGAAGAGGAGGAGAGAGGGACUCAGAAGAAGAGUUACUUCUCGGUUGUGUAAGGAAUCAUUGGAGAAAAUUGAUGUGGCAGGGUUGCCUGAUUGUUCCUUUGCCAAUCCCACUUUCCAAGGAAGUAUUGAAGAGGCAUGGUUUGAUUCGGUUGCAGUAUUUGACUCUGACUGUGAUGAUGAUUAUCAGAGUGUUCCUGAUGAUGUUGUAUCUCUGAGUGGGAUUGAAGGUGGAUCUGUAUCAAGUUUUCCAUCUUCAGGAGAUGCCAACCAUGGAGUUUCCACAGAUCAUGUUCAGAAACAGAAGGAGUUGUUGGCAGGAUCCGAAGCAGCCAGAAGUUCAGAUGUCCAAUAUUUUGUGGUAGAUGCCAUUGAUUCUCAACAUGAGCCCGUGUUCCUUGAUGAAAUUUCCUCAGUGGACGCGAACUCCAACAAGGAUGAUGGACUUUUGGAUAAUUGUGGGAUUCUUCCGAACAAUUGUUUGCCAUGUCUUGUAUCUACCAUUCCUUCUGUUGAGAAGAGAAGAUCAACAAGUUCUAGUCCUCCUAAUGCAAGGAAGAAGCCUACAACAAAACUUUCCUUUAAAUGGAAAGAAGGACAUGGGAAUGCUACUCUAUUUUCCUCAAAGAUGCUUCUACAAAGACCAAUUGCUGGUUCUCAAGUGCCGUUUUGUCCAAUUGAGAAGAAAAUGCUUGAUUGUUGGUCACAAAUUGAUGCAAGCACUUUCAAAGUUCGAGGAGUAAAUUAUUUCAAGGACAAGAAAAAGGACUUUGCUCCUAAUUAUCCUGCAUAUUACCCAUUUGGUGUAGAUGUUUUCUUGUCUCCACGGAAAGUUGACCAUAUAGCUCGGUUUGUGGAACUUCCUGUUAUGAGUUCCUCCGCGAAAUUUCCUCCCAUACUAGUUGUAAACGUUCAGGUUCCACUCUAUCCUGCCACACUUUUUCAAGGAGAAACUGAUGGUGAAGGAAUGAGCAUUGUUUUGUACUUUAAACUUUCGGAAAGUUACUCCAAGGAACUUCCACAGACUUUUCAAGAAAGCAUCAGAAGAUUGAUGGAUGAUGAAGUUGAAAAGGUAAAGGGUUUUCCUGUAGAUACAAUUGCACCCUUCAGGGAAAGGUUGAAAAUAUUAGGCCGUGUCAUCAACCUGGAAGAUCUUCAUUUGAGUGCUGCAGAAAGGAAGCUUAUGCAGGCUUACAAUGAGAAACCUGUUCUUUCGCGUCCCCAACAUGAGUUUUACAUGGGGGAAAAUUACUUUGAGAUUGAUUUGGAUAUGCAUAGAUUCAGUUAUAUCUCCAGGAAAGGGUUUGAAGCUUUCUUGGACAGAUUAAAGGUUUGCACUCUAGAUGUUGGCCUCACAAUUCAGGGGAACAAACAGGAGGAGCUACCAGAGCAUGUGUUAUGUUGUAUUAGAUUAAACGGCAUUGACUACAUGAAUUACCAACAACUGGGGCUAACUCAGGACCCCCUCUAAUAUAAAAAUAACAAAAGCAUUUGCAAUCUUUCAAUUUAUGAUUAAUUAUAGUCAUUUCUAUAAGCGAUUCUUUCCGUGUAUACUUUUUUUUAUUGCAUAAAAUUCACGUGAGUUUUAUUAGAAAAUGAAUAAAACUCAAUCAUGUGAAUUUUAUUUAAUAAUAAAAAGUACGUUAAAAAUUGUUAUUAGGAUUUUUUUUAUUUUUUAUUUUAUCAAUCAUGUAGACAACAUGCGUGUGAUUAAAGAUGUGGCAACUUUGUGUAAGAUGCCAGCUUCAAAUUAAGGAGGGGUCACUAGCACAACAAUAGAAACAUGGACCUACCUACGCCUACUUGAAUUUCGGACAUGAAGGGUCCAUACUUUUGCAUUUACUCAUUCUUUGAACAAAACAUUUAUUAUCAGAGCAAGGAGAAAUAAACCAACAUAAAUGUGGACGCGUGAGUUCUGAUCAGAGAAUGUCCUUUUUUUUAUAUAUUUAUGGGGGUCAUUUCUGAUUGUACAACUACUAUAAGUGAAAAAUGUAGUACAGCGUUACUAGUUGAACGUGUGCAUAGUGAUUGAAUGCAACUAGUGGUGGAAUCUUCCCCUUGACAGCCGGAAAUAUUUAUGGAUUUGGGUUCAUAUA